GGGAUUCUCCAGCAGCUUCCCCGUCGCUCCGAGUUUGCCAAUUCCGAGAUGUUUCUCCAAAGCACUGUGGAAGAGCUAGGUCACUGACAUUUUAACACAUGAAGCGUACACUCCACAAUCAGAAACCGCGGUUUAUCAGGCGGUAGUGCGCUGGUAUAUGCACGCUGAAACCGAACGCAAGCAGCACCUACAACAACUGUUGGAUCGAUGCGUGGUUUGGGGUUCCAUUGACAUUGAAGCGUUGAUAACUUCCAGUUCCACUACUGGGCCUUUGCAUGAGGAAUUAACUCAGAUUCUGGACGAUCGACGUAUCGGCUUGACGGGCGGUGGAGCGUUGCUGAAGCGUGCGAUUCCCAAAGACACUAUUUUUUACCAUAUGCGCGAAGGACACCCGCAUCUGCUCCUCCGCUUCGACUUCACCCGUAACGAACUGACCAAGUUGGAUUCCCCGCUGCAGGCGACGCUGGCCAAGUGUUGGUGGAAGAUCAAAGCCAGCGGAUUUGCAGUGGCCGUCGGCCGGGAGCUGAUCGUCGGUACCACGGAUGCGGAUAAGAAUACUGAUACGGAGCCGGAUACGGAUAAGAAUGAGAUGAUUGCCAUGGACUGCACCAAUGGCGCCACCCGCACUCUCAUGGUGAACUCACCUUUCAACGGCUGCAUCUGUGUGGUGGCGGUGGGCAGCGAAGUGUACGGGGCUGCGGGUAAUCAUCCUUUCAACUGGUACUGCUUGGAUGUCGCCUCCGGAAGAAUUCACCGAGCUUCCCAGUUGCCCUUACACAGUUUUGAGAAAUAUACCAUGACAAGUCAUUACAACCGCGCGUCGAUGGAGGCCUACCCCCUUCCUCACGGCAGGAUCUGGUUCCAGUCCGUCGGCUCCUAUUUUCGAAAGCACGAUCAUCAUACGGUGAGCAUGGUGGAGAUGUACGACAUCCACACGAACAAAUGGAGGGAGCUUACGCAGUGGAUGGAUGAAGGAAGGUUCCAUCAUCGCUGCGGUACGGUUGUAUUCCAAGGAGAUCUGUACUACACGGGUGGAUGCGUGGAUACUAAGGAUCCGCACGACUGGGAGGAAAAUGGAAAGGCAGUGACUGCUUGCUAUCGCGUCCCGCUAGACCGCUCCUGGGAACAUGAGCGCAUCGCGGACCUGAACGUCGCCCGUUAUAAUCAUUGUGUUUUCAUCAAGGACGGCCAGAUUUGGGUGUACGGUGGAACGACCCACGUCGGCGGGAACAAUCAGCGGAAACGGGCGUUGACGUCUUUUGAAGCGUACAAUAUCGAGGAUAACGAGUGGAAAGUGGUGGAGGUGGCCAUGUCGAAGGAGCUGCAGACGGAAGUGGCCGGAGGGAAUUUCGCACAGAAAACCGUGUGUUUGCCACUGCAGUAUCACACUCCUAAGGUGUGCGACGGCCGUGAGUGCCAGCGUCGUUACGAGGGCGACGAGUAUGAAUAUUAUUAUGGGGAAUCCGACGAUCCUGACGACCCCCCGUACACUGGCAGAAGCACAUGGCCGGCCGGUUUGGAUGAGUAAUUGUUGUGCUUUAGACGGCUUAUUUCGUUUCUCGAAGCUGAUAUUGUUCUCUACGUCAUAUUGACAUAGUGUUAUCUGCGGAACGUUUUGCACUUUAUUGUACAUACUUACCGCCGUACGCGGGUUUGUUUUUCAUAUUUUUAGUUUAUACAGUUUAUAUGAUUUAGAUAAUCUACAUUUUGGUAUAUGUGCGCGAAUCGGACCGUUCAUACGUACGACCGCGGAACCUACCGAGUACUGUGCAUGCGGAUUGCAUGCAACUGACCACUGGGUGCAUUGAAAAUAUUUUACGGCACAUUCUAUACAAACUUCACGCUAUAAA